AUGAAGUUCUUCGCCACCGUCGCUCUCCUAGCCACCGCUGUGGCCGCCGCCCCAUCCCAAAAGCUCUUCAACCUCAGGACUUCCGGUUCCAGCAACAGCUCUCACAACGACCUGUACCUCUCCGUCGGCCACGGGUUGGCCAGCGACCCGCUUAACAGCGAAGCCGUCUUCUCUGGUGCCUCGGCUAGCAACGCUGCCGCCUUCUCCUUCAUCAAUGGCACCAUUAUCUUGGAUACCGAGGCCAAGUCCCCUUGGACUCUUGACCUGAUCAGCGUGGAAGGCACUCGCAAGGGGCGCGCCCAGAUCAGCGUCAAACCCACUUCCGGCUCGGGAGGCUUCUCUAUCAGCCGCCAGGGCGUUCAGGGACCCAGUGAGAUCUGGGAUGGAUGGCUGUGGUGCCCCACCAAUUUCGAGGCCGGCCAGUUGUUCCCCAACUUGCACUUCCUCAGCAAGACUGUUCAGGAACCUGCACUUCCGGAAGGAUGUGACAGGAUCCAGCUCAAUGCUAUUCCCACCAGCUCUGCUUAG